ACCCCCAGGAAGCCAAAUGAUGACCCGUUUAACUGGAGAUCGUUGAUAUUCACGCGUCGUAUUGCGCGUAAUGACUGUGAAACUAAAAAGGUAUAUCCAUCUCAAAAAGUUACCAAGUUUGACUCUAUUUAUGACGUUUUUAAAACAAGUCUACCCCCAAACAAUGGCCACAUUUCCCUCAGGAUCAAGCAAAUGACUGAUUUGGUGAAUGCGUAAUCAUUUGCUUUGUAAAUCGAACAGCUGGGCUGAUGUGGUACACGUGCAGUUUUUUAACACAUGUAUAUGCACCAGACAUCCCUUUACGUCACGGAAUGGGAGUACCAGUGGCUCCAUACAGAGGGUCCCACCGGCUAAGCCCUCCCUCCCUCCCUCGCUGCGUCACCGGGAGGAGAGGGAGGACAAGACAAAGUUUGGAGACAGAGUUGACACUCAAAAUGCACACUUCACUCAAGAUCAGUCUGCUCUACCAAACUCAUACUUAAAUCCAGUAAAUAGUGCCAGGAAGGAGAGGGAGUUUGUUGACGUCUUCUUUGUUGCGCCCUUAUGACAGGUUAAUAGAUUUUUUUUUCUUUAGUUCUUGGCAAUGUUUCCCAGCCCCAACAGCACGUCCACUCCCUUCUCUGUAAAGGAUAUAUUAAACCUGGAGCAGGGUCAUGACGUUUCGGUGUCUUGUCUGGACGUUUCUUCUCGCAUGGACUGCUGCACCGUGCCGACCUCCUCCUCUUCCUCCUCCUCCUCCUCCUCUUCUUGCAUGCUUGCCCGGCUGAAGCAGGAGCCUCUCCGGAACAUGUCGUCCGCCGCCGCCUCGCUGUUCGGAGAAGACCUUUACGAGUCCAGGGGCGGCAGAGGCGAUGCGCUCAACUUUGCCACGGCCGUUUAUGGGAAAUCCCUCUUGGAAAUGGAUAUAGUGAAGGAUGGAGAAUCAGACGCCUUUGAGGCGAGACGUAGAAAAGAGUUCAGUUCUGCGAACGGGCCCGGGGACAUCAAACCCGACGACCCGGAUCGAGCCAAACCCCGGAGACGCAGGAAGCCGCGCGUCCUUUUUUCGCAGGCCCAGGUGUACGAGCUGGAGCGCCGCUUCAAGCAGCAGAGAUACCUGUCCGCCCCGGAGAGAGACCACCUGGCCGGCGCGCUCAAACUCACCCCGACCCAGGUGAAGAUCUGGUUCCAGAACAGGAGGUACAAGUGCAAGCGGCAGAGGCAGGACCAGAGCCUGGAGAUGGCGUCGGUGCCGCCGCCCAGGAGGGUGUCGGUGCCGGUGCUGGUGCGGGAUGGGAAGCCUUGUCUGGCGGCGGAUGCAGCUACCUACAACCCCUCGUACAGCAUGGGUCACAUCAGCCAUUUCUCUUAUAACAACUAUCCGGCAUUCAGUAACUACACUGGUCCCAGCUGCAACACAAACUAUGCGUGCAGUUAUCCCGCAGGCACGAUGCAAACGAUGCAAGGAUCCUCCAGCAACGGGAAUUACAUGAACUUUGGGGUGGGGGACCUGAAUAAUGUCCAGAACACAUUCUCCUCCGGUAAUGGGGUGUCUUCGUUACAUAGCAUUAGGACAUGGUAAACCGUUGGUUAUUUACGACGGCAUGUAUUUCUUUCAAGGUGUGGAAAAGUUUGUGUAACUGAUUAUAUUUAAUUACUUAGUUUGGCUAGUUUUCUGUGUUUUUUCAGCACCAUUCUGAAUAGUCUACAUUUUUAUUUAUUUAAUUUGCAUUAGCAAAAAAAAAAAGAGAAAUGGUUAUAUUGUCCAUUUUAAAAGAUAAUUACGUUUUUUAUUUAAUUAAUUCUUGAUUUUCUUCACUCAAUGUCAAUAUACUUUGCCUUUAAAUAUUAGACAAUUUGCAGGGGGCUAUAAUGAAAAGAAAAAGAUUGUACUUGUAUUGUUAAGACAAAAAAAAUGUUCAUUUUUAUAAGGCUAUUAUUAACAACAAUCAUUUUAUUAUUAUUUGUCAAUAUUGCUGACAUCUAACUAUUUAAUACUAAUGCUUUGUUAUUUAACAUAGUAAUUUCCUCUCACUUUCAAUUCCUAAAUAUUGAAAAAAUAUGAUAAAAGUAAGUCAUAGUGAACUCUGGUCGCAUAAUGGUUGAACUGGACCAUAAAAUCUGUCAGCUCCCAUGUGGUUUGUGUCCGGUUAAAAUGUUCAAGUGGCUAUUAGGAAGCUUCCUUCAAUAUGCUUAAACAAGGUUAAAAGGUUGUAAAAGGUUUACACUUUUAACGACCCGCUGUCAGCCACGUGUACACUACACGCAUGUUUAAAGAUGUCUACCGCCGUGACCUUGGCCUGUAUUAAAUGUUAUUUCAUCAGGCUCUGCUGAGGAAAUGCUGUUUUUUAAUUUAGUGAACCAAACAUUUUCAGUUUUUUUCAUUUGCUGCGUUUUGUGUACAAGGAUUUCAUACCAAAUCUGCCAAAAGCCAUCCUGAAAAUCAGCGUCGUUUUCUCUGUAUUUGUAAAUGUGAUUAAUCUAUUUUUUGGAAAGUACACUUGGUUAUUAAAAAAAGACUUGUCUUGAAGAAAAAACAAUCUGCCUUGCUAAAU